AUGUGUCCUCCAAUAGAUUCUUCAUCUAUGCCGGCCAUCUCAUUAAAUAAUACACAAAUUCGAACUUUAAUUAAUAUUUAUCCACCUACUCCAACUUUAAUGCCAUCUGUAAUUUCACAAAAUUUUACAAUGAAUCCAAUAGAUUUACGUAAAUAUACUUCAUCAACAGUUACAGCUCAAGCUUUAUAUCAAUUUUAUUUUCCUCAUUUAUUUUCUCUUCAAAAUCAACAACAAACACAUGAAAUAAAUGAUCAUGGAAUAAAACAAACGAAUAUUUCGGAUGAAUUAUCAUCAGUACAAAAACGAAAAUCAAAUAUUCCACAAAAACGUUUCGAUUUUGCUAAAUUAGCUGAUGAAGCUAUUAAAGAUAAAGAAGAAAUAUCUAAUUCUUCAACAUCAUUGGAUGCCAGUAGUAACAAAAUUGAUUUAUCCUUAUCAUCAAUAACAUCUUCUCAACCAGCACCAGCUGCUAUCACUAGUGGUGUUUCAUUACUUACCUCUAAUACUACUCUUAAACGUUCUCAUUCUUCAACUCAUUCGGCAUUUCAUCCAGUACUUAUUACAAAUAGAAAUACUUUAAAUAAAUUAUCACGACAUUCAUAUCCAUCAAAUAAUACUAAUAAACAUAACAAUAUUAAUGGUAUUAAACGAAAAAAACGAGCUAAAGAACAUAUAUGUCAAUAUUGUAAUCGUCAUUUUACAAAAUCAUAUAAUUUAUUAAUUCAUGUUCGAACACAUACAGAUGAACGACCUUAUAUAUGUGACUUAUGUUUUAAAGCAUUUCGACGACAAGAUCAUUUGAGAGAUCAUAAAUAUACUCAUUCAAAAGAAAAACCAUUUAAAUGUCAUGAUUGUGGUAAAGGUUUUUGUCAGUCACGAACACUUGCUAUGCAUAAAGCGACUCAUCAACAACCGCCAAUUCAUCAUGGCCGGUGA